GACAUAAUUUCCAGUCGGAUUUGUUUUGCGUGCGGAUUCAUACGCCAUUUUCACUAAGUGAGUUCGUUCAAAUAAGUGGGCAUUAGGCAACACUGAACACAACAAAUAAAAAUAAUGAAGCAAAUUUCCAACUGAAAAGAAAUCCAGGAAAAAGCAGAGUUGUCGGGAUGGAAGUGGAAAGGGCAGAUACUGAAACGUCGGAAAACGCGCCUGAUUCAACAGCGACUUUGCAACUGAGACAAGACCGCAGGCUCGUGUGCGUGGAGUAUCCGGGAUAUGUCAACAAUGUGGACAAGAUGCUUGAGACCCUUGGUGGCGAGAAAACGGUGUCCAAAACUUACGCUGACCCUACCAGGCGAGUCGAACUGAACUACCGGCCAAGGGACCCCUACUGCCACCCGCUGUGCGCAAACCGCUUCCCCUCCACCAGCGUGCUGCUGCGCGUCCGGAAGAGGUCGCGCAAGGGAAGCGGUACCGAGGCGCAAGUCCAUAUGGAGAUGGUGGGAGUCAUUGGGACCUGCUACAAAUUCCAGGGGAUGGGGGACUUCCAGUACCUGGCAGUGCACACGGAGGCAGACGGCUCGCAGACCUCCCUGUAUGACAAGAUCCUCCUCCGCAAGCCGGAGAAGAAGGAGUUCUUUCACAAGGAGGUGCCCCUGUACAUCCCCCCACCCAUCUUCUCCCGCCUGGAUAACCCUGUGGACUACUACUACCGGCCUGAUAUACAGCACAGGGAGGGGUACAUCCCGCAGGUGGUCUCCCACGAGAACCUCAUUGGCCAGAGCCGCGCCCGACGCCCGCACAACGCCAUCUUCGUGGCCUUCGAGGACAAAGACGCACCCAGCGAGCCUCUGGAGGCAGCGGUGCACAACUGGAGAAAGCUGUGCAUGCACCCCAGCGACAUCAGGACCGAGAAGGAGAUCGUGCAGAUGUUUGAGAGGAGGCCCAUCUGGUCUCGCAACGCGGUCAAGGCUAACCUGGACAUCCAACCCGACAAGCUGAAGCUGCUCCUGCCAUAUGUGGCCUAUUACAUGUUGACUGGCCCAUGGAGGAGCCUUUGGGUGAGGUUUGGCUAUGAUCCCAGGAAACAUCCUGAAGCCAAGAUCUAUCAAGUGCUGGACUUUAGGAUCCGCUGUGGGACAAAACAUGGCUACUCUCUCAAUGACAUGCCGGUGAAGGCCAAGCGAAGCACUCUGAACUACAGUCUGCCCAUCACUGUCAACAAAGCAGUCCCUCAGGCUGCUAGUGUGCGGGAGAUCACCCUGGACGGAGAUCAGCCAACAGGGCGAAAACCAGCUUCUCCGAGGUACAAGCUGAAAGAGCCGGCUUAUAUAUUCCGCGAGGGUACCCUUCCCCCCUACAGACAGAUGUUUUACCAAUUCUGCGACCUGGAUGUGGAGAGCAUAAAGAAGCUGAUCCACCAGAACGACGGGCAGGAGGAGGAGUGUAACGAGCGUGAUGGCUGGUGUCUGCCCCGCACCGCCGACGAGCUCCGUGACAUCAUGUCCGCCAUGAUCAAGCAGAACAUCCGCUCCAGGAGACCAGCUCCUGCUCCCUCCAUGUCCAGCAGUAGAGUCGCUGCUCACGCCCACAGCAGCAGGGAUGUGGAGAGCGGAGAGGAAGAGGAUGAGGAUGAUGAAGAGUACCAGGCCUCAGAGGGCAGUGACAAUGAGAUGGAGACGGAGAUCCUGGACUACAUGUGAACUUUCUUCACAAAACCAAACGCAGGAACCGGAGACAUCCGGAAACAUCUCUUUUGCUGAGAGUUCAGUUUCUUUUUUAUUUGUAUCAUGAUCCUUUUUUCUUUUUUUUCAAUUUCUGCCAUUAUAGGAAAGCAAUAAAAUAAACUUGGUAAAUGAAUAAAA